UCAUAAAUGUGGAAGGAAAUCAAGGAAUUGUCGUGUACGUUAGUCAUCACAUGGUCAUAGGUCAAGACUCAUCAAGAGCCUCCCUUUGACAAAAUAAACACCAUUUCGUCUAAAUUCCUUUCACCGAUUGUAAUUAAUAUUGAAAUCGAAUCGAAUCCAUGGAAACUAUAUUGAAAAUAAAUAAACACCAUUUGGUGGCUAGAAAAACCCUUGCUUUGUAUCCGGCUACAAGUCGUUAUUUUGAUUUCCAGGCCUGACUGUUAUCCAGGAUGUAAUAGUUUUUGUUCCAAUCAAUAUAUAUGAUUAUCUUUUAUAAAAAAAAAAGACCAAAAUUUCAUCAAACGGGUAUUUGGUUCUUUUUUAUAUUAGUUAUUAAAAAAAUUCUUGAUAUUAAAAUCAUAUCACAUCGAUCUAAUUUUAUUUGUUUCAGUGCAAACCAACUGUGUCCUCUUUUCCACGGUAAAGGAAAGAUAGCAACACAUUAUUUUUCAUCUUAGUGAAGAUCUCAAAUUCGAGAUUAGAAAACUACACUUUAUUUUCACCGAAUACAAAAUGAAUAGUACACCCUCUCUAAGCUCACAAUUACACACUCUUUAAGUUUCAACAAAGGAUUGGGUACCAAAAAAAAAAAAAAAAAAACCAUCCACACAAUUGGGCCAUUUGAUGGCCCAUCCCAAAUUCUUCUAAAACUAAACGGGCUUAAAGAGUAUCACGUUAGGUCUUAGUGAAAAGAAAAGGUCGAAAAAACAUGCAUGCACUAAGUGUGUAUGAUAUAAUAAUAUACUUAACCAAAACAAAAGAGCUAAUUAUGAAUUCAUAUAUGCUAUGAUGGAAAAAAAAUCAUUGGCAAUAUAAACACAAGUUAAUCAUUGUUAUUAGGAUUCAUUAUUAUUAACUAAUUGUGAUUUGGAAGGGGAUCAUGAAGACCGAAGACCAAAUAUAUAUGAUUUUUUAGUCAAGUGAUGCUCUUGAUCACGUGACGAGAACGUGGUAAUUCCUUCCCACCCUACAAACUUUGAGCUGUGUUGUUCACAUGCACUGGCGCCAACUUAUAUACGUAAAUGUUGCUAAAUUGUCAUUUGCAUCGAAAGCAUUUCGUUAUAUAAAAUUUGACUUAUUAAAAUUUAGGAUUAUCUCUAAAAUUUUUGAGUCAUUAAAACGACAUGGUUAUUGAAUCUGCAUUAUAUAUGUCAAAGUUUGUAACAAUUUGUAUCUAAAUUUGUACAAACUUGAAACCAAUUGAAUUGUGUUAAAUCGAAAUUUAGAUUAAACAGAUAAAUCAAAAUCAUUCUUAAAAAUUUAAUUUGAAACGUCAGAUAACCCCAAAAAAUUACCAAGAACGAAAACCAAUAGAUAAAAACCAAAAUAACUCCUAGGCCGAAACUUUAACAAAAAAAAAAAGAAACGUAUACAUAUGUUUCAAUUAUUAUAGGCUCAACUUUAGCCGGAAAAGGACAAUAUGUCGAUAAUUAAGCUUAGAUAUAGCUUGAUCUAUAGACUACAAAUAUAUAUUCACCGCCCACAUAAUAAGAAGUUAACGUCGACAUGUGUGUUUAGCUGUUUAUAUAAACUGAUUGCAACUAAAUGGCAAGUUUGAAAGAAGGUUUGAUUAGUCUUAACUCUAAUACCAUUGGAUGGUCGCAUUUAGUUUAUUUUAGCCAUCUCAAUCAUAUAGUUUUUUUUUCCCCAUUAAGGGAGGCCAAAGCCAAGAAGGAGAGCAAACUACAUCAAGAGAGAAGAGGGCAGAGAAGAAGACUAUCUAUCCGUUUGCACCACAACCCGGCGCUCAAAAGAGACUCCAUGAUUAUCAUCCUGCAGAAUACGACACAGAUCCCUGGGUGGGUCCACAAGUUCUCGCAUACCGUAGGGAUAGACGAGACUGUGCUUCGAGAGCCAGUCUGCGGCUCUAUUCCCUUCUCGGUAUGUGUAAACAAUGUUGACCAACCAAUCCUGAGCCAUACGCCGCCGUAUCGAUAUAAGCAGGCCGACGUAGGGGUGAAUGGGGUCAUGUCGAUCCUUAAUCAACUGGAUAGCUAGUUGAGAAUAAGAUUCGAUGAUCAAUUUCAUGCACCUGUACCGCCAAGCAAUAUCCAAACCAUGUCGAAUUGCCCACAGCUCAGCAAGGGCUGCCGAGGCCUCCCCAAUCUUAGCCACAAAACCAGCUAUCCAACGACCCUGCUCAUCUCUAAUCAACCCGCCAGCUCCUGCAAUUCCAGCAUUACCGGCCGAGGCCCCAUCUACAUUAAGCUUCAGCCAACCCCUUGGGGGGCAAGCCACCUAAUGCUCUCAAUCCUUCUAUCUUGGACCAUAUCUCAAUCAUAUAGUUGUUAUUAUGCAUUCAUUUGUUUAUGGUAUCGAUUAAUUGUUACGUUCUCCAAAAAAAGAUUAAUUGUUACUGCUUGUUUACUGACAUCGAUUAUUAAGUCUAAUUUGUGGUAUUCAGUAGUGGUCGUGACUUGGAACUAAUAUAGAUCAUCCGUCAUACGCAUAAGCCAAUAAUUACUUGAUAUCCUAAAAUUUAUAAGCUAUGUGAUUUCUAACAUUGAUUGUUUUCUUCAACUGAUUCUCGUACAUCUUUAAAUUGGACUAUGAACAUACCAUUAGAUCAUAUAAAUUCCAGAAAACCACAUGAAGAAGUGGUUGUUUGAAUGCAACCUUUUGGCUAUGAACAUAUUGUAAGCAUUCCAAGUUACACACAUAGAAAACCGUGACCAUUUCCAGCAGGAUAGGUCUCUUGAAUGUUGAUCACAGCUCAAUCAUGCAUAUUCCAACAUUCCAUUCCCACAAGAAACUUCCAACAACAUACAUACACACAUAAAACAUAGAUGCAUGAGUGAUCGAUCCCAUCCAAACUCUCCUAGCUAAGACUUCAAAAAAAAAAAAAAAAAAAAAGAGAAAGGG